CGGGUCAUUAUAACCCUAUAUAAUAAGUCCCCAAACAAACAAGGUCCGGCAAUCCGAUAUCCCAAUCUACCAUAAACCAUGUCUUACGGAGGUGCUACGAACAUGAUGGCACCGGCGAUUGGUGGCUCCUCCUCGGCAUCGUCGGUAAAGCAAGUGAAGUUGGAGAGGGAAAGCGAGCUCAGAAUCGAGGUGGGUAAUGAAACGCCGCUCAAACUUAGAUUACUUAACGGCUCGGCGGAGAUUUUCGGCUCCGAAUUGGCCCCUGAGACGUGGCUCACUUUCCCUCCUCGCGUCAAAUUUGCUGUUUUCACUUGGUAUGGUGCUACAAUUGAGAUGGAUGGUGCUACUGAAACUGAUUAUACGGCAGAUGAGACACCUAUGAUCAGUUACGUGAAUGUAAAUGCUGUACUAGAUGCCCGGAGAAAACGUGCUAAAGCUUCGUCACCAAAUGAUUCUGAAGCAUCCAAGGGACCCAGAGUGAUUGUUGUGGGGCCUACAGAUUCUGGAAAGAGCACCUUAUCAAGGAUGCUUCUUAGUUGGGCAGCUAAACAAGGUUGGAAACCUACCUUUGUGGAUUUAGAUAUAGGCCAAGGAUCUAUAACUGUUCCCGGAAGUAUUGCCGCUACACCAAUUGAACUGCCCAUUGAUCCAGUGGAAGGAAUUCCUCUUGAGAUGCCUCUUGUUUAUUUUUACGGUCAUACAACUCCUAGUAAUAAUGUAGAUUUGUAUAAAACUAUUGUGAAUGAGCUUGCUCAAAUGCUGGAGACUCAAUUUUCUCGUAAUGCUGAAUCUCGAGCUGCUGGCAUGGUUAUCAAUUCUAUGGGUUGGAUAGAAGGUACCGGCUAUGAGUUGCUUCUUCAUGCAAUUGAUACAUUCAAGGCCAGUGUCAUCUUAGUUUUGGGUCAGGAAAAACUUUUCAGCAUGCUCAAGGCUGUUGCAAAAAAUAAGCCUAAUGUGGAUGUUGUGAAGCUUCAGAAGUCAGGGGGUGUUGUAUCAAGGAAUGCGAAAUUUCGUCAGAAGGCUAGAGGUUACAGGAUAAGGGAGUACUUCUAUGGCCUCACAAAUGAUCUUUCCCCGCAUUCUAAUAUUGCAAACUUCAGUGAUCUGCUUGUCUAUCGAAUUGGCGGUGGUCCACAGGCACCAAGAUCGGCUUUACCAAUUGGUGCAGACCCUGUUGCUAGCCCUCUGAGAGUAACACCUGUGAAUAUCGACAGGGAUUUGCUUCAUAUGGUUCUUGCUGUUUCAUAUGCCAAGGAGCCUGAUCAAAUUUUGUCAAGUAAUGUUGCUGGGUUUAUUUACAUCACUGACAUUGAUAUUCAGAGGAAGAAAAUAACAUACCUUGCACCAUCAGCUGGGGAAUUGCCAAGCAAAUAUCUUAUUGUGGGGACCUUGACUUGGCUUGAAACUUGAACAUUCUUUUGAUCAAAUAAUUGUUACAGGUGUUCAAGUUCAUCCUCAAACCCAGAAUUCUACCUGCAAAUUUCUCAAUUUUCUACUAUUUGUAACAACGGAGCUUCAGUUAACAAGUCCAAUGGCUUGUACUUUUAAAGCUGUUCUUUUAUGUUUUCAGUGGCUUGAAGGACAAACCGGUGCAGUCUUUGGUUGCCUGUUCAAUUAGUUUGAUUAGUCUGAGUUGUUGAACUAGAUGGUGUAACUAAAAAUAAUUAUUUAAAUAUUUAUCAUAUAUUUGAUUUUAAUUUAGAUUUAA